GAUCAAGCUUAUUCCCGGUAUCCGAUCACCACAUUUGGCUAGGGUACCCCUUUUAUUUAGAUAUGGUGGCAGGGCUGGACAGGGGUUGGGUUGCCGUCGGAACCGCAAACUCUUUGAUGGUUUGCAGACGCGGCGGCACGCAAUGAUACCAUUCCCAUCCCGGACGUAUCAGCGCUGCUAUCUUUCAUAUCUUCAUAGGAUUUCCUGCGUUCACCUGUUUUACUAAUAUCGGGUCAGAAAUUGGGUAGCACGGUGAGACGGUGACACAAAACGAUGAACAAACAAAACCUAUUAAAAUGAGCGACUCCCUCUCGUCGCCCCCGAAGUGAUGAUUUUCUAACAAUUGUUCCGCCUCUUGACGUCAGCAGGGCGAGUCCUUCAUGGCGCGCUUGCGUCGCCUUCGCUGGCCGAUUCUAGCCAUCGUCUUUAUCGUGACUGCCUUAUCGUUCUUCGGCAGCGUGAGGCGGCCCUUCGAGAUUCCUAUCGAGCAGUCGUUCGGGGAGCCCGUCGAGGAGUCGCUUCGAGAACCCGUCGAGCUGCCAACCCACCCGAUACCCUCGCCGCCCGAUGACGAAUCUUGGACGUUUGAUGUAAAAAGGGAUAGCCUUAAUUAUGGGCUUUCCGACAGCCAAUGCGAGAAUGCAUUCCCUGAUCUAUACCAAGAACUCGACCGCGCCCGAGAUUUCCUUCUAGAGCAAAAUAAACGAGUCAAGGAGUCGGACGUCCAGGUUGACGCAAAGAAAGAUUAUACCGGUCUCUCGCACGGCGAAUUCCACGUUAUGAUUUCAAAUGGCGAAUUAUACGUAAUUAAGGAGAAGAAAGGCGAACCAGAUCGCUCCCGCGGUCUCGCAGCUCUCGCGAACAUGUAUCGCGCUAUAACCGCUAUCCCCGACCCUCGGUCACUUCCGAACGUCGAAUUCAUCCUCGAUAUCGAAGACAGAGCAGCCAGAGGGGAAAAGAAUGAGGAGCGUAUCAGAUGGACUUGGGCGCGCGAAGAGGAUAAUCAGUGGUUAUGGGUCAUGCCCGACUUCGACGGAUGGAGCUAUCCCGACGACGGUAUAGGGUCUUACGUGCAGUUCCGCGAGGAUGCGACGGAGCUGGAGGCCCAAUAUCCCAACGGCUGGGAUGAUAAAGAGGAUAAAUUGUGCUGGCGCGGGAGUCUGGCCGUGAAUCGCAAGCUGCGAACCGCUUUAGUAGAGGCUUCGAAAGGUUACGAUUGGAACGAUGUCGAGGCCAUCGAUUGGCAUAACCGCUCGAAUAUCAUGGCUAUGAAAGACUUUUGUCGUUUCAAAUACGUUGCCCAUACCGAAGGUAAUUCGUGGAGUGGACGACUGCGAUAUCUACAGAAUUGUGAAAGCGUCCCGAUUAUUCACAAACUAAAUUACAUCUUCCACUACCAGCCCCUUUUGAAAGACAGCGGACCUCACCAGAAUUACGUCAAAGUGAAGCGUGAUUGGUCGGACUUGAAAGCGCAGAUGGAUGGGCUCGUGGCAGAUCCCGAUCGAGCGCGGCGAAUCGCAAAAGAGUCUGCGCAAGUAUUCCGGGAUCGCUAUCUCACACCGGCUGCCGAGGCUUGCUAUUGGCGGCGGAUGAUUCGCAACUGGCGCGCCGUGAUGGAUUUCGAGCCGCGGCGGUACGAAACUAACGACGACGGCGUCAAGGUCAGAAGAGGCGUGAGCUGGGAACGGUUUGCCUUUAGGCAGAACAAGAGCUUCGAGCAUGGAUUCUGGGAGUCUGACAACAGCGACACCGACGGAGCCGAGUAAGGUCGCGUUUUCACUUUGCAAAAGUUAUUACAGAUAUCUAUCGCCCACGAUUCGCUAGGGCUCGCGAGGACCCAAGCGUCGGCCAUCUGACAUGGCAAGCCACCGCCGCUGAUUGGUUUGACUAUCAGUCAGAAAUACACAACAGUAAUGUAGGUAACCCGGCACUGAGGCGUAGGCCAUUAAUUUAAUAGGCCGGUGUGGACUGCCCUGUAUGUACGGUACGAAUGGUUUAGGUUUACAUAUUCUGACGA